UACAAGACUGCAAAACAUCACAGCUAAUACAUGCUUGUCAAUGAAGUCAGGUGGCACUCAACUGAAGCUCAUCAUGUCAUUCCAGAACUACGGACAAGCCCUGUUCAAACCUAUGAAACAAACCAGGGAACAAGAGACACCCCCAGACUUCUUCUACUUCUCUGACUUUGAGCGACACAACGCAGAGAUCGCUGCAUUUCAUCUGGACAGAAUCCUGGAUUUCCGGAGAGUUCCCCCGGUGGCCGGCAGGCUGGUGAACAUGACACGGGAGAUCCGAGACGUGACCCGUGACAAAAAGCUCUGGCGGACAUUCUUCGUAUCCCCAGCCAACAACAUCUGCUUCUACGGCGAGUGCUCCUACUACUGCUCCACAGAGCAUGCCCUAUGUGGGAAGCCCGACCAGAUCGAGGGCUCCUUGGCUGCAUUUCUUCCUGACUUGACACUAGCUAAGCGCAAGACCUGGAGGAACCCCUGGCGCCGCUCCUACCACAAACGCAAGAAAGCUGAGUGGGAAGUGGAUCCGGAUUAUUGUGAUGAAGUCAAACAGACUCCUCCGUAUGACCGUGGCACACGACUUCUGGACAUCAUGGACAUGACUAUUUUUGACUUUCUAAUGGGCAACAUGGAUCGCCACCAUUACGAGACUUUUGAGAAGUUUGGAAAUGAGACUUUCAUUAUUCAUUUGGACAACGGCAGAGGAUUUGGAAAGCAUUCACAUGAUGAAAUGUCCAUCCUGGUCCCUUUGACUCAGUGCUGCAGAGUGAAGAGGUCGACGUACCUGCGGCUACAGCUGUUGGCUAAAGAGGAGUUCAAGCUGAGCUCUCUAAUGGAGGAAUCGCUACUGCAGGACCAGUUGGCACCCAUACUCAUCCGGCCCCACUUGGAGGCCAUGGACCGCCGCCUGCGCCUGGUGCUCAAGGUGCUGGCCGACUGCGCGGAGAAAGAAGGCUUCUUAUCAGUGGUGGAGAACGACCUGGAGGGACAGCCCUCCUCGCACCACCACCAGGCGCAUAGAGGGAGGUAGUGUUCCCUCCAGUCAAUUCCCCACCAUGAGCCCCACUGAGGCUUGUGCUCGAGUCACACUCUGAAUUCAGUGAAUUCCACACCACCAAUGCCUCUGAGGAGCCACCCUAUCAUAUGUGACGCAGCUGACACAGCUAUCAGAGGAACUCUGGGAUGAAGGAGUUGUUUCUGGAUGGCUUGUGUUUGAGCUGUGCUCGGAGCUGCACUAUAGACUUUUCUGUUGCAACCUGGUUUGUUCGACAAGUCUGCUGAUAUCAUUUAUGACAUUUGCAUAUUUCGAGUUGGCGAGUGUACAGAAGAGUUGGAACCAAAAGUUGGAACAGAUUUGAUUGUGGUUUUGGUACUCCGAUCUACAGUAUAUAUUUAAAUACACAACUGUUAUUUACUGUGCUCAUGAAGGUCUUCGACAUAAGGGCACGUAAACGAGCUUUAAUAGUAAUAGUACUACUGUGCGAGGACGCUUAAACACAUCCUUCCCUGUGCGUUCACAAUUCAACAUAAUUUCCUACCAGUCAUCGCCUUCAGUCAUCGUGUCAGAUUCGGCUCAUUUGUUAUUUCACUUAGGGAAAUUCAGAGGUGAAGUGUGCGCUUCAUUUGAGGUUAUUCAGCGGUGAAGCACGUGUUUAAACGUCUCCGCGGAGAACGAGAGAAUCACGCUGAUUGGUUCCUGUGCCCACAGUCAGUGUUUCCCAUCUCAGGCCUCAUGCUGAAUACACCUGCUUUCUCUUAAUGAGAACCUUAAGGAUCGGCUGAUGCUAUGCUAGUGUAAGUUCAUAAUGAUGUUAGUUGUACUUCACGCUGCAGGUUUCUCAUGUCUCCGCUGGUGGAGUGAUUUCAGUGCUUAAUUAUAGAGUAGGGCACAGGCUCGAGGGAAUUAAACAAACCAAUAGGAUGUGUAGGGGAACUGACACCGUGUCCUAAGAGGAAACAACAAGCAACGUUCUUUCAUGUUAAAAAAGAGUUUUUGUCCUAACCAGCUGACCAACGAGACCAGAGGAGUCAAAUCCUGUUUCUGGAGUUUCCAACAGUGAACUUUCACUGGUCCGAAAUCCUGCUUCCCAUAAUUGUGUAUUAUGUUGCGCUCCAUUCAGUCAGAAGUGGGAUCUGAUCUCUCAUCCGUUUCAUUGUUCAGUGUUCAGAACAUGACAUAGAAAACCAAAUGCUCUUGUUAGCUUUGCAGGUGUUCCAUGGUUACAUGAUGGCCACCAGUGCAAGCAUUUACUGUUCUGUGAUUAUUACCAGAGAGGAUCAAUCACAGUGUUUUACACACCUGUUUUACAUCUCCCUGUGUGCCGCAAUUUUUGUGUGAUCAUACACCCUAAUCUACUAUACACAAAUCUCCUUAAAGGGAUAGUUCACCCAAAAAUGAAAAUUCUGUCAUUAAUU